UUUUUUCUGAAUAAAUUUUGAGCUUGUUGUGAAUUUGGGUAAAUUGGAAAUCCCAAAUACAGAGUGAUGAUAUCUUCAGGGAUAAACCUGGUGAUGACGGUGAUUGGGUUCGCGGUGAGCACCAUGUUCAUCGUGUUCGUGUGCACCAGGCUUGUCUGUGCGAGGAUUCACCUCAAUGUUUCUAGACGCUCCUUCCCGAUAGCUUCCAGAUCCGAUCUCAGUAUUCUGGAGCGGGGAUUGCAUGGCGUUGAACCUGUAGUAGUAGCCAAGUUUCCAACAAAGAAGUACAGUGAUGCAUUUUUUUCAGCAGCAGAAGAUGCUCAAUGCACUGUUUGCCUCGCAGAAUACCAUGGUGAUGAUGUAUUGCGGAUCCUCCCCUAUUGUGAGCACUCCUUCCAUGUGACCUGUAUAGACAUAUGGCUUCAGCAGCAUUCCACAUGUCCUGUUUGUAGAAUAUCAUUGCGUGAGUUUCCUGAGAGAAAACGCCGCAUGCAACCCUUGUUCAGUUCGGCUAUUCGGUCUCAUUACGGUACAGAGUCCUUCAAUACCCAUUCUUAUCGCUAUCUCUUGAAUAGUCGCGCAUCAAGAACUCAUGAAAACCAUGGUAUGGACCCCAUUCAAGAAGAUCAUGCAGCAUCAGAGGGUGAUGCAACGGAUGCCAGGGAGAAUAGCUCCCCCUUAACUGAGAGUAAUCAGAUUUCUAAGGACUUGGCAAAUAAGCAUGUAGAAAGCCCAUCAAAUCCGUAGGCACAUUGGUACCUUUGAAUUCAGGAUACAUCCGCUAAUACAUCUGAUCGGGCAGCGAUUGAGAAUGGGUAUGUCGUAAAAGUUUGGAAGUAAAAAUAGCAUUGUUACCUUCUCUUAGGAAGUCGGUUGUUGGCUCUGCUGCUUGCUGUAUAUAUAAUCGAAAAGUGAUUUUACUUUUCGUUUUGAUUCACUUGCUUUUGUUUCGUUGUUCGGGUGGCUGGUCUUGGGCAGUUUUGUUAGAUCAGUUCUAUAAGUAGUAGCAGGUAAAGGUUGCUUGCUGGAGGUUAUGUAUUUCACAUGUAUGCCCUUACUGUCAACUCAUUGCCAUGGAAAUGGAGAGAAGGAAUCUGUUUGAGCA